GUCAUCUAUGUCAAUCAAUCCCUUCUUUUCGAAUUUUAGGAACUUAAAAAAAAAUGAAAAAAAUAAAAAAGAUCUUUUAUUAACAAUAUAUUAAUUUUACUUGAAGUAUCAUAAACAUCUAUAAGUUCCAAAUUUUAAAACUACAAACAUAAAUCCAGCACAAAAACGCGAUAUCGUAACCUCCAACGUUUUCUUAUAUUUUUUUAAAAAUUUUGCACUUAAAGCACCAAUGGAACCUUAACCAAGCAGCUUUUAUUUUAAAGAACUUAAAUUUUAAUUUAUUUGUGGUAAAUACCCGAAACCAAGCCCCAGCAGAGUUUUUAGACAUAACAAUAUGUCUGAAGACCCCAAUAUUAUAAUCCCAAACACUUCUACAAUGAAACUUAAAAACACCUUGACUACUGAUGAUGAAGCCAAUGAUAUACUCCAGAAUGGAAUUUUGGUUGAAACUAAUACAGGGGUGGUCUGCAUGUCACUUAGUGAGGCCACAUGUGCCAACAUAAACUUAUCCAGUGAAGACCUUCACCAGGUGGCAGCAAAUCUUGUCAUAUUGCAAAACUUAGAAUCUGACAAAAAACCUGUUAUGAGUCUUCCAACUUCUUUUCGACUCACAUGUGAUAGUGAUGGAGGCUUCUCAAGUGAAUGUAGUGAUAGUACCUACACCACCACUGGUUCUAGCGCAAAUUACUCCAGUGAAAGUUUGAUCAGCAAUAUUUCAAUUAAGGGAAAAGCCAUUGAUAAGUCAAGUGAAGAAUCGGAUUCAACAAGGGGAAGCUUGCUUGGGAGUGAUAGUUGUUUGUCACCUCACCAAAUGCUUAUAAAAAAGAAGAAUAGAGGUGGUUGGCCUAAAGGUAGGAAACGCAAACCGGAACUGCUUAAUUUACCCCCAAAGGCACCAGCCACUGGCUAUAAUUUGUACUUAAAUGAGCAAAGAAGCUGUUUUAAAAAUAGCAGGCUUCCCUUUUAUGAAAUUACAAAGAUUAUUGGUAAUAGAUGGUCUAGCCUGACUUUAGAAGAGAAAAAGCCUUAUUUAGAUAGAGCUGAAGAAGAUAAGAAGAGAUACAGGGAAGAAUUAAAAGAGUAUCGCCACUCAGCAGCAUAUAGAGCAUAUUUGAAUACCAAAAGGAGGAAAAGACUGCAAAACAAUGUGAUGUCCGAAAGUGAUAUGGAUGCUACUGAUGAUUUUGACGAAGAAGAUAAUGAGGAGCUUUACUGCAGAACAUGUGAUCAAUGGUUCCAUAAUUUACAUAAUAAAAGGGAACAUUUACAAGCCAAAAAACAUUUAACUUCUUUGGCUGGUGACAUCUAUAAGGAAUUGACUGAUGUUAAGUCUGCCCCUAUUCAGCCAAAUUUGGCUAGUGCAUCUUUAGGUAGCCCAGAAACUAAACUGGCUGUGGUAAAAUGCGAAGCCGAAGGUGCAGGCAACACUAGUUCGGUUUUUGAAGCCAUGUGUAAAGUGGUGAAUUUAGUAAAAAAUAGAGAAAAUGAAAUAAAUACCCAAAAAAACAGACAGCAAGAAUUUAUUGAGGAGCACAAGGCUCUUUGCCAACAACUAUGUCAGUUAACAGUAAGGGAAGCCGCAUUAAAACGGGACUUAGCGGUCAAACGAGAAGAAGAAAAAGAGUUGGAAAGUAGGGUUUAUCAGUUAUGGCAAGCACCGAGUUUUUGUGUGUUAUCCGGAUUUAAAACCCCUGAUGAUCCCCAAACUGAUUAUUAACAUGGGGAUACAUACCUACAUUCCUUCAUAUUAGUUUUUAUGGGAGAAUCAUGGAUGUUAUUUAUUAAGAUUAUACUGAUGAAUGGUUCUACAGAUGAAUUAUUAUUUUUUUAAUAUGAUUAUUUUUUCAUCAUAGUUGGUUAACGCUUUAUUUUUAUGCUGAAAGUGAUACUUACUUAGGUUAAGUUGUUAUAUAGUUUUGUAGCAAUACAUAGUGUAUUUAUGUCAAAUAAAAAACUGGACUGUGUCUUUUAUUUUAA